AUGGCAUCCCUGGAGGAGCUUCUAUCGAGAGAAGGGUUCAAGAGAGGGAAAUCAAAGCAGAGCUCCUACGGCUCACCUGCGUCGAAAGAUUCAAGGUUGCCACCCUAUUCUACUCGCAACCGAAUCAGUUCUGUGGACCAAAGAGCUAGAAGAGACAGAUCAAAAUCAGAUGCGUUUUCUCGUCGAUCAUGGUCUUCAGAGGGUGGGAGAAGUCAAGGUCAAGAUUUGAGGAGAAGCAUUUUGCAGAGAAAGAGCUCAGCUGGCGUGUAUAGGAGAGAGUCACCAAAAAUCAGAGGUUUCGAUAUUGAAAGUUACAGCGAAGAGGAGUCUAAUGAGAAAUAUCAAGUUCAAUACCCGGAUAGUUUCGAGGAGUCAGAUGAAGAUGAUCUACCGAAAGAGCAAGGGAAUUUGCAUACUGAAAGAUUUCAACAGAACGACAACGAGUUUCCUGAAGCUGAGAAACUCGAGAGAAGUACUGAUACCGUUAAAGACGACGCACGAGUUUCUGACCUGAAACUGGAUGAAAUUGGGGCGAAAGCAAUAAUUUCGAUCCUGACAGGAUAUUUAAGGCGGUUUUUUAAGGAUGAGAAUUUCCGGGCAUCCCUGUAUCAGAGCUGUGCUUCCUGUUUAGGUAUAAAUGAAUCGUAUGAGAAUGAUCAAAGUGAAGAUGGAGUAAUUGAUAAUCUCAACCAAGCAAUCAGAGUAGUAGAGAGAACAGCUGUGGGGAGUCCAAGUUCCCAGGAACUGAAGAGGGCAGCAUUGCAGCUAAGUGUUAUUACAGGAUUGAGCUCAGGGGAAUUAAAGGAUGGUUUUAGUUCUGGGAUCCCAAACUUGGAGCUGGCUGCCUGUGCACAUAUCUACCUUAGCAUAAUAUAUAAGUUUCAGAAGAAGGAUAAGGUCUCAGCCAAGCAUCUCCUUCAUGUUUUCUGUGAUUCCCCAAAUCAAGCUCGUACUAAAUUGUUGCCUGUGUUGUGGGAUCGUUUAAUCUUCGCUCAUCUUUCACAUUUAAGGGAAUGGUAUGACAGCGAAGCAGAGGUGAUAGCAAGAUCACCGAGUGGACUAAAAAAGAUGAAACUUUUGGAGGAAAUGUACAGCAAUGUUUUGGAUGUGGGUACUUACAGGUUUGGGGUUUAUUACAAGGAAUGGCUUGACGAUGAGGCUGAAGAUCCUGAACUGCCAUCAAUUGUUGCUCCCCAGGGUUCUUUUAUGUGGAUGCCGAGAGAAACUUCAGGUUCAUUUGAUUCAGAUGAAUUUUCAAGUCCAGGUAGCUCUGCGUCUUCUCAAGCAAAGGUUAGCAAAAAGUUAUAUGAAUCUGUUUUCAGACAGUCAAAGAAGAAAUUCAAAGAAGUUGAUCAAAUGGGUGUCUGGAAGGAUAAGGAGAAUGAAGAGGUCGCCGUGGUUGUAGAGGAGAUUGAUGACGAUGAAAAUAAUAAACCUAUGUUUGGCUCUGAGAGGCAAGGAGAUAAAAUAACUGGAGCUUACUACCUCAAUAUGGGAAGAGAGAAUUUCCAGGAAGAUUACCGCGAUAGCCCUACAGAUGAUAUUCAGAGUUAUCAUACUAUGCAUGCAGAUAAAUGGAGAACAAGCGGAUGUAAGAGCUCAAGCAAACUUAACCUUAUGGUGAAAGAAAAGGUCAAAAGUGAAAAUUUUCAAUCCUCAGCUUCCAACAUGUUCCAAGUGCAAAAAGAAAAUGAGCUUACUUUGAAAAGACUAGCAGAAGAUGCAUUUCAGCCACAGGUGGAUGAUCAUCAUAAAAAUUCACAAGAGCCUGAAUUAAACAAUAUGAAUGACACAAAGUUUCUGAAAUCUGAGAUCAGAAAAACUGGGACAGUUUCCAGAAACUCUGAUUUGAACUCGUCUUUGUUAAGUCCUGGUACAUCUACAUUUGGAGGCUUUGAAGACAUGGACCAAGACUCUUUCUUCUCUAGAAUCCCGAAAGAUUUUGUUUGCCCCAUAACAGGCCAGUUGUUUCAAGACCCUGUAACUCUAGAGAGCGGACAGACCUAUGAACGAGCGGCUAUCAAAGAGUGGUUUGACCAAGGCAACAAGACAUGUCCAGUUACAAAUAGGACAUUGGAAUUUGCGGGUUUGCCAGUAACGAAUUUUGUACUAAAACGUGUAAUUGAUGGGUGGAGAUCUGAAAACUGUAGAAACCUUCUGUUUCUUGCCACUCAAAUAGCGGGGAAUAUAACAACACAAGAAACCAAGUCAAAAGAUGAAUCAGCAUUGUUCAUUAUUGAACAGCUUCUUACCGGUUUCAGCAUAGAGGAACAGACAGAAAAUGCCAGAUAUCUUAUUUCUCUUGGAGGACUGCAGUUUCUUAUUAGGAGGCUAGAACUGGGGGAUUUGGAAGAAAAAAUACGCAUAUCUGCUCUCUUGUUAUGCUGUAUCAAGGCAAAUGACUUCUGCAGGAACUACUUGGCGAAAAAUAUCAGAACAUCUAGUGUCCUUGAGCUCUUACACUGUAAGCAAUUUAGUGCAAGAAGUAAUGCAGUUGCAUUGCUUAUUGAACUAAUUUGUCUAAAUAGAAGGGCAGCCAUCAAUUCAUUUAUUAGUGGCUUGCGUACGGAGGAUAUCUUAAACACAAUGCAAGUACUUCUUCUGUAUCUUCAGGGUGCGCGCCCUGAAGAAAGAGUCAUCAUUGCUGUUCUCCUCUUAUAUUUUGAUCUAAUGGUGUGUUUCAAUAUCUGA